GGCCCUCUUCCUCACUUCUUCACAUCUCAGAGUCUUUUCCAUUUUGACUACCAUUUCCUCUUUAGCCUCGAGUACCUAAUAUUUUUUCUUCUCCUAUGCACUAGAGAUCAAGAAUAGUAGCAGCAGAAAGUAUGAUGGAUCUUAAGAAGCUCUACCUCAUCGGCACAAUCUUGUUAAAUCUGUCCAUAUUAGCCAUUGGUGCUCAGCCCAGGAAGCCAGUGGAUGUGCCAUUUCAGAGAAAUUAUGUGCCAUCUUGGUCUCCUGACCAUAUCAAGUACAUAAAAGGAGGUAGCUCUGUUGACCUUGUACUGGAUAAGAUCUCAGGUACUGGAUUUCAAUCAAAAAAUUCGUAUCUGUUUGGGCAUUUCAGCAUGAGGAUGAAAUUGGUGGGAGGGGAUUCAGCUGGUGUUGUAACAGCAUUCUAUCUGUCAUCACAGACUAAUGAACAUGACGAGAUAGAUUUUGAGUUCUUGGGAAACAGAACAGGGCAGCCCUACAUAUUACAGACAAAUGUGUUCACAGGAGGUAAAGGGGACAGGGAGCAAAGGAUCUAUCUUUGGUUUGACCCUACCAAAGGUUUCCACGACUAUGGUAUCAUAUGGAACAUGGAUAUGUUAGUGUUCUUUGUUGAUAACUCGCCUAUAAGGGUGUUUAAAAAUAGCAAAGAUUUGGGAGUAAAAUACCCAUUCAAUCAACCAAUGAAGCUGUACUCGAGUCUUUGGGAGGCUGAUGAUUGGGCAACAAGAGGUGGAUUGGAGAAAACCAAUUGGGCCAAUGCCCCAUUUAUUGCAUCAUACACAUCCUUCCACAUUGAUGGCUGUGUAGCAUCAACACCACAAGAAGUCCAGGUUUGCAGCACAAGAGGCCUCAAAUGGUGGGAUCAGCCAGCCUUCAAAGAUCUGGAUGGGGAGCAAUACAGGAGGCUGAGAUGGGUCCGAGGGAAAUUCACCAUUUACAACUAUUGCAGUGACAAGGCAAGAUACCCUACUCCUCCUAUUGAGUGUUCAAGGGAUAGAGAUGUUUGAGGGGUUGAAAAUGUGAGGUGUCAAAAUUUCAUUUUUGUUUUCCUUCUCAAAGGAAAAUGAAUAAGAUAAUAUGUUUGAAAUUAUCUUUGAUGUACCUUGUUUGGAUAUCUUGUUUGGUCGUUUAUGUAGCUAGAUGAGCCAUGACAACUAUUGGUUGUUUGUGAGGAGUGACAUUGUACUUAUGAUAUUUUUUUUUCCCGAGUUUAUUAUGAUCAAUAAAAUAUUAAAUGGGGUAAAGUAAUACGAUCAAAAGAUCAA